GGCCGUCGCCUCACUUCCGGGAGCGCUUGGGCGCUGCGGCUGCCGCCAGCUCGCAGCGUUGUCAGCCGGCUGGACCGGGGCCGCGGAGCCCGGUGAGCGCGCACCCAGGCGGAAGCCCCGCUGCCCGCGCCUCGCGGGCCUCUCCCUGCGGCGAUGGGGGCGUCCGGGCGGCUACUGCGCGCCGUGAUCAUGGGGGCACCGGGCUCCGGCAAGGGCACCGUGUCGUCGCGCAUCACCAAACACUUCGAGCUGAAGCACCUCUCCAGCGGGGAUCUGCUCCGAAACAACAUACUUCGGGGCACAGAAAUUGGUGUGUUAGCCAAGACUUUCAUUGAACAAGGGAAGCUCAUCCCAGAUGAUGUCAUGACUCGGCUGGCCUUUCAUGAGCUGAAAAAUCUCACCCAAUAUAACUGGCUGUUGGAUGGUUUCCCAAGGACACUUCCCCAGGCAGAAGCCCUGGACAGAGUUUAUCAGAUAGAUACAGUGAUUAACUUGAACGUGCCCUUUGAGGUCAUUAAGCAGCGCCUCACGGCUCGUUGGAUUCAUCCAUCCAGUGGCCGAGUCUACAACAUCGAAUUCAACCCUCCCAAAACUGUGGGCAUCGAUGAUCUGACUGGAGAGCCUCUCGUUCAGCGUGAGGAUGAUAGACCAGAGACGGUUGUCAAGAGGCUGAAAGCUUAUGAGGCUCAAACAGAGCCCGUCCUAGAAUACUACCGGAAAAAAGGGGUAUUGGAAACAUUCUCUGGAACAGAAACUAACAAGAUCUGGCCCUAUGUAUAUGCUUUCCUGCAAACAAAAGUUCCACAAGUAAACCAGAAAGCAUCAGUUACUCCAUGAGAAGUGCGUGUGACCAGUAAGAUGAGCAGAAGGUUCUCAGCUGUGCAUUUAGAAGCUCUGUGUCCUAAGACUCUGAAUUGUAUGCCUUCUUUGGAAAUUUUAUUCGUUUCGUUUCUACUGAUUUUAUUCUGGAAAUUAAGGAUGUGCCAAGUGAGUCAGAUACUAAGAUUCAUCUUUUGAAAUCGUCUAGUAUGUUUUGUCCAGUUAUCUUCUAUGGGUGCACAAUUCAAAAAUAUCAGAGAUGUCUAAUGAAACUUUUGAAAAAUAAUGUAGAGCAUAAUUAAAAGACCAACUGUUCAGAAGAGUGAGUGGUUGAUAAAGUAUCCUUAUUUUUAUGGAAAAGUAAAAAGCAAUUCCAAAUCAUUUGGGAAAAGUAUCUCAUCAAAGGCUUUUGCUUAAUUAGAGUGAUGCCAAAAAGCAUCUUUACCACUGUGGUACACAGUUUUGUGAAACACUAUGUCUAUAGAAUUCCAGAGGCAAAGCAACUGGAUUUAAAGAUUAGUUUGAGGAUGCAAAUUCACUGCUGCCUCUACACUAAGAAAUUUCUAAGCUAGCCAUAUAUAUAUUUUGUUGUUAACAUACCUUCAGGUUACUCACAAUUUUCAAUUUGCUAUGAAAAUGUAUCAAUUAGCAUAUAGGAAAGUACUAAUUUCCUAUGAUUUGUUUUCUUUUGAAAAUACAUGUGUACUGAGGAAUAUGGUGUUAGAAAUUGACAUUAUAAGUUCUUGCAAAAGCACCAAGUUGUAUUUUCAAAGGAAAAUGUAAAGAUCUAUGUUUUCAGAUGUUACUCAGGUUAAAGGAUAUGCUUUAGGAUCUACUUGCCAGUUUCUCUUUUUGAUCAAAAGGUAUGAUCUGCCUUGAUGAGUAACAUAUUAAAGUACACACACACACACACACACACACACACACAUUCACACACACACACACAAAGAGAAAAUCCAUGACACUAGGUAAAGUAAGAACGCUUUGUCAUUAGGAAGUAGAAAUAGAUCAGGUUUGCCUGGGAAAAAUUCUCUUGACAAAUGUAACAAUCAUAAUUAGUAAACAGGUAUGGCAAUGAAGAGGAUUUAUAUGACAGGUUAAAAAGGACCCGGAAACAAAUUGAAUUUGCUGACAGUUUAUUCCUAAUCAAAAAGUUUACACCUGCUAGCAUUUACUGCUAUCCUAAGAGUAAAGAACUCUCUUUGGUGAUUAUAACCUGAGCAGCCAUUUUAAAACCAGAAUGGUUUGAUUCCUUAGUGGGGAAACAAGAUGCAUGCUUAUCUACUGGGGCCUGGUAGAAAGUAGGGCAAUGUGAAAAGUGAAGAAAUCUGACUAUAUCUUCAAUGGCAUAUUUAUUCUUACUUUGCUUGGUGCAAAAAUCAAAUGAAACAAAUCCUUGUAAAAGCUGUUAUUAACUGCCUUUGAAAUCUGGCCCAUUUUAUUCUAGGCACUUAAAAUAUAAAUGCCAAGAAGUGGUUGGUAUAUAUUUUGUGGGAAAAGAACGUAUAUUCCUUUCUUUUGAUUUUUUAAAAUUCAGUGUUGAGCUUUCAAAAAGGCUUUUAAAAAGGUUUACAGUAAACAUUCUAUUCUGUACACAACUUUCUAUAAUGCCUUAUUUGAAUGUUACUAUUAUGUGCUGUCUAAAAAUGUGAACUACUAAACUUAAGAAUUAUCGCUAGGUUAUCAGGCACACAUUAGUAUUAAGGUAUUGUAAUACAGUGCGAUUUUAGAACUGUGCAUACAUAUCAUUUUGUUCACAGGGAGCACUCCAUGUCACUUUCCAUUCCGCUGCCCUGAUGACUGACUGACUUCUGAAUUGUCUUAGAACAGUUAACAGUACACAGGCUGGUUUCGUUUUAUGCUCUCCUUUAUCUCCCGCUAUGGUAUUGCAGCCAUACUGGCCUUCUUGAUACUUAGAAGACAAUGGAAAUCACAAACAGGUAGAAGAACAUGGCUAUGAAAUUUAAGUCUCUUCUUCCCUGUGACUGUUCCCUCCUCACUCCCAAACACUCAACCCAAAGUUUUGCACAUACUUCCAUUACUUUGGGAAAUGCCUAUACUAUUAUUAUUAUUAUUAUUAUUUUUGAUUAAAGCAAACAAGAAGAACUUGUUUUACGCUGAGUUAAUGUCAUAGACAGUUCUGAUGAUUAUCAUAGCUGAGGGAGCACAACCUGCUAAAAAACCCUUCAUGCUGUAAUGCCUACUACUAUGAUUUAUGUACUCCAUGAAGUAUGUAUGAAGCUGAAUGCCUUGGUUAGAAGCUACUAUGCCUUUAAUUAAAGGCUAAAGAGAACAGUACUUCAAUCCAUUAUCCUAUUUUCUGGAGUACCAUAUUUUGGUACACCUAUCAUUAAGCAGAGGUGUGAGAAAUGGAAAUUGGCAGUUAGUACCAUCCAGAAAUUUUAUUUCUCAAUUCCAUUUGAAAUAAAUUAAAUACUGUCUCAAAUUUCUAAACCCCAGCCCCAUACCUACUUUUCCCACAGCUAUUUAUAAUGGCAUUCCAACAAAGUAAAAUAUUUUGGAUACUCAGUUUGUUACAAAACUUACCUGUUAAUUAACAAAUCAUGGCAAUUACAGACCUCAGAUUAAAUUGUUGUAAUACUUGCAACUAACAGCAAAAAUAAAUUUGUAUUCUAAAACAUGUUUAUAAAUUGUGUCUUUUCAUUGACAAGAAAAUAUUCCCAGACACUGGUAAUCCAAGAUUGUGAUUUUGGAAGUUAGUUUAAAAAUUUUACAACAGUGAAAAUAGUCUAGCUGUGCUUAAAGCUUCUGUUAAAAGCCAGCGUGCUGUGUAGAGUUCAUAUCCACUUCACCUUUUUAAAAUUUUUUUCUUUAGUUCACUAAUGGUCAUGUGUUUUUCUAAACAUAUAGCACUGAGUAAAGAUUGUACUUUGGAAGGAUUUUACCAACGUGUAUAAAUCAAUCUGGUGAUGGGUCUUAAUUUUACCAAAGGACUCUAAAUACCAUGUUUCCCCAAAAAUAAGCUGGACACUCAGCUCUAAUGCG